UAAUAUCUGGAAGCUGAUUGGCUGAGAUGAGCUGACAUUGACAGAGCAAGCAGCCUAUAUGGUCGACAGCUAGCAGGGUGAGUUGUAGUGGAUUUGUGGUUCCUGGGUGAGCAGAGACUGCGAGACACCCGAGGAGGAGAAUGCUACCUGGAAAAAAACAAAGAAGAAAAGCAGCAGCAAAGGUGGAACUUUCCUGAGAGCAGCAACACAACUCUGAGGUUGCCUUGGCAAUGGCCCUCAGAGCAGCUACCUGCCAGCAGCAGUGGCCAGCAGCAACCGCUGCUACACAGGCAGUAGCUUCUAAGGCAGCAGCAGUAGCUCCAGGAAAGCAGUAACAUCCAUCAUCUCCAGGCAUUGACGUCAUCAUCAGACAGAGCAGAAGUCAGAGAGCACAAGACCAGGAUCAGAAGAGCAGAUCCCUCUGUAUGAAGAAUUUAUUUACUGUUGUGGAGCAGCUACUCAGGUCUUAAAGUGUGGGCCCUGGAAAGACCUCUUGGAAACUGAAAGUAAAACUCUCCCCGGGCUCUUAUUUCUGAUUAUUCCAGGUGGCCCAUGAAGCAGAAGGAAAGAGGAAACUACCUGCUGUUAGAUCUGGCUGUGGAGGGAAUUCAGUUUUGGUGGAAUCAACAUCUUGCAUACAUAAGAAGUUUAAAAUGUAACCCAGGACUGGCAGGCUAUUACAGGACCUUCAUACGGGCAUUAUACCAUGGACUAAACGGGCAAUAUCCAGUUUGGGUUGUGAGCCAUGCUGGGCACUGCAAGCCCCCUAGUGGCAUGGGAAUGACAGAAGACACGGAUAUUAAAGAGCUAGAGGAUGUCUUUGGACUUCACGGACAAAUUGAGCACAAGUUGGACUUCCUCAGAAAGAACGUGCCAAAAGAUAUGAAGCUUGUGCUGAUUGGUCAUUCAAUUGGUUGCUACAUCACCCUUGAAAUGAUGAAGCGGGCAUCGGAACUCCAGGUUCUCCGCUCUGUGCUGCUGUUUCCAACAAUAGAGCGCAUGGCUCAGUCCCCGCAAGGCAAGCUCCUGACACCUGUGCUGUGCAAGCUUCGGUACAUUCUGUACAUGCCAGUCUACCUGCUGUCAUUUCUCCCGGAAAGAGUCAAAACUUCCAUGGUGCGGUUUGUGCUGCGAGGAUUGAAAUGUCCUGAUGAAGCUUCAAUAGUUACCUCCCUAAAUCUCUUCAGUGUGGAUUGUGUUGGUACUGCUACAGCUGUCUCUGAUCACUCCUGCCAAUUUCUCGAAUGUCCUAUAUAUGGCAAGCCAAGAAAUGAUGAAGGUUGUGGAGAGAGACAGUACAACUAUAAAACAAAAUUUAAAGAAGUUAUUCCCUUCAGAUGCCCAGACAGUUUUGGCCUGGAUGCAGACAGAAAAAGUACAAGAUGCAAUCUCAACCAAUCCUGCAAAAGGCUGAUUUUUUAUUAUGGAGUUGCAGACAACUGGUGCCCACAACAGUAUUUUGAAGAGAUCAAGAUGGAUUUUCCAGAUGGGGACAUUCGGCUCUGUGAGAAGGGAAUCCGCCAUGCUUUUGUCCUAGAUGCCAGCAGAGAGAUGGCGGCCAUGAUUACAGACUGGGUACAAGACAUUCUGACCAGAUUAUAAACACUCAUUCAGUGAAUAAUGACAAGGAAAAAAAAGUUACCCUUUGGUGAAUGUGUAAUUCUCUUUCAGAUUCUGACCCUAAUUUUUUUGUGCGUUAUAGAUUAUGGCUUGUUUUCUACUGAGACAUCUUACAGAAGGAUAAAGUCCUACUGACUGGUCUAAAGUAUAGCUCCAUCCACACAAUAAUUUUGGAUCCCCAUGCUGUUCCAGCAGUGCUCUACAAGGCAUUUCAGGGAUUCUAUCAAAUAUAGAGCAGGACUUUGCAGAGUAUGAAAUAUUUAUCAGCUGAUAGUACUGUCCACAAAUUGGUAUGAGAACCACCAAGACCUCUCUCUGGACACAUGGCUGGUAAGUGCUAGAAGAGCUAGAAGUUCAAAAUGAGAGCAGGAAAAGGACAGGCCCAAGGUCAGAAGUGUCAAAGUGGAAUGUCUCAAGUUAAAUACCUAAAUCUAUAUUCAUCCACUUACAUAAGUGGCGUGGUUCUCAGAGGUACUGCACACCCACUGCAGUCAAUGGGAACUGCAUGUGUUCAGCGUCUUUAAAAAAUCAAGCCACUUUUGUCAUGUGCCUAAAUAUCGAUUUAAGUCCCUAAGUCUAGAGGGAUGCAAGAUUAAAACUUUUGACCCAAAUGCUCAAGUUGAAUGAAUUCACAAUAAGAAAAUGGCCAACAUUUCUGUCGCAACUGGAUGUGCAUAUGAAAUUUCAUGAACCAUUUUAAAACAUAUAGGGCCAAAUCCUCAGCUGGUGUAAAUAUGCAUAGCUCCAUCAGUUUGUACCAGCUGAGGAUCUGGUCCUUACUCUAAUACAUUACUAAUAAAUACACUUCAUCAUCAUCAUGCGCACUCCUUCGCCCUUUUAUUUCACUUCAAUCUAGAUUGCAAACAGUGCAAAAAAAAAAUCUAUCAUUUGUGAAAAUGACUCAAAGCUAAGAAUGAAAACUCUAUAGGCAUUGGGAGCAGAAAUUGCCAAGAGAGACAAGUGGAAUCAGGAAAAACGUCUUAACAGUGAGAUUGUGAAAUAGUCUCUCAAAGGAAAAGAUAUAAGCCCAAUCCCCAGAGACACUUAAAAAUAGAAAAAGCACUUGAUAAUAUAGCGUAAAGAGCAGUCCUUUCCUGGCAGGGAGAUAGAUGACCUAAUAUGUCUUUUUCAUCUCUGACUUGUAUGAUCCAUUAAGAAUUUAAAUAAGGCACUAUGCGAGAUGAUAGAGAAGUCCUGUAUGAUGCAGGAGGUCAGACUGGAUAACCCCAUAAUUCUCUUCUUGCUGUUCCUUUAUAUGGUUACGCACACGGUCAUUUCCGUUUAAGUUCCUUUGUUACUUUCUGGUAUUUAAAGGCAAACUGUAGCGGAAUCCAAUUUGCAGGUUUUUGUGGACUUGUCUUCAGAACUCCAGGAUUGUAAAACAGCUGGUACACCAAUGAAUUUGUGGAUGAUGAUAAUGAAACAGAAGAUGAUGCUUAAGGUUGAAAUGUUAGGCAAUCUGUGGUGGCAUAAGAUGAAUGUGUGUGAGGCAAUUGUCCCAGACUGUUCUGUGAAACUAACCUGGUCGUGGUUAUUACAAGCUCAUAGAAGCUGCCUUCCCUCAGCAGGACCAUAGUGGCAAUAGAAUAUAUGUUGUUGCCUUAUAUGGUCAUAACAACUGUAACAACAAAAAUCACUGUGCUCAGUUUUGAAAUCUACAGUUAUGUGCGGUGAAACAGCCCCCAGAUGCUGAUAUGCAGUCAUUUUAGAUGUUCUUUCUGCUACGGCUUCUGAACCCAUGUGCAGGGUGAAGCAUAUAUAUGUAUGUUAGCAACAAAUGUCAGCACUGAGUUCAGUAGAUUCUUCUGUAAUUACCUGUUGAUAUGAUUGAAUAAACUGUUCAUUCCUUGCAGUAUAUUGAAUUGAA